AUGAAGUUCCAUGCUGCUCUCUUGGCCGUCGUGGCCCCUAGCCUGACCUCGGCCAACUUUGUGCUUAGACAUGGCCAACCUUCAUCAGUCGGCAUGCUGGCGAAGCCGCUAAAGGACAUGGUUCAGAACAUCACCGAGUACAGCAAGCCAAGGAACUACGGAGACGCAUCCCACAACGAGGUCCGAGCGAUUGAGCCCGGAUCAGCAAACAUCGUGGCUCGUCACGGAGUCAUUGUGAGUGCCUUUGCCACGGGCAAGAGAAAUCUCUAUGCCGACGCCAAUGGCACGCUUCUCGACCCCGCAGACCAGGAGGAUGCCGCACUAGACACCGUCUACGACCUUGCCAGCAUCUCGAAGCUGUUCACCGCAGUCGCCGUGCUUCGAGAGGUUGAUGCUGGCCGCGUCAAGCUCGAGGAGAAUGUCUCUACCUAUCUCCCCGAGUUUGCAGCCAACGGAAAGGGCAACAUCAAGGUAAUCGACCUGCUCACCCACACCAGCGGCUUGAUGCCCCUCCCGGUUCCUGAUCUCUGGAAGUCAUACUACUCGUCAAUCGACCAGCGAGUUCACACACUGCUCACUCUGCCUCCUCAGGAACCGCGUCGCACCAAGUUCCUUUACUCCGACAUCGGCUUCAUGACACUGCGAUACCUCUUGGAGCGAGUUACUGGUCUGAACCACGAGCUACUCAUCUACUCUUACACAAUCCCUCUAGGCAUGAGGUCAACCUUCUUCAACCGCGGUAACCUUGAGGGCCCUCUCAACCCCUUCCAUAACCGUACUGCCCCAACCGAAUUUGAGAUCGAGGCCCAGGGUCCGGAGGAGCCCAAGCGCCCGCAGCCCGUCCGCGGCACCGUUCAUGAUGAGAAUACCUGGGCGCUCGGUGGCGUCUCGGGCCACGCGGGUGUUUUUUCGACGGUGGGCGACGUUGCCAUCUUCUGCCAGAUGAUCCUGAACAAUGGGGUCUACAACGGUCACCGAGUUCUGUCCAAGAAGGCCGUGGAUCUCAUCUUUACCGACUUCAACGCCCAAUUCCCGGGUAACAACUACGGCGCUGGCUUCGCGCUCAACCAGACAUAUACGCAGGGAAGCAUGCAGAGCAUGAAGACCGCUAGCCAUGCGGGCUUCACUGGAACCACCCUCGCCAUUGAUCGUCCCUCUGGUACCUUUUGGCUCCAUUUCGCGAAUCGUGUUCAUCCCAGCAGACAUUGGGCCACCAACAACCCGGCUCGACGGGCUAUGGGCUACUGGGUUGCCAAGAGCCUGGGCCGAAAUGUGCCAUGGCCGAAUUAA